UUGGCUUUUAGUUGGCCGAAUCUUCAAUUUGUUGUCUAUUCUGGAGAUUAUGAUGCCACAAAGGAGCAGAUUCUCUUGAAAGCAAAACAACGAUUUGGAAUCACUGUGGACCCGAAGAAUGUCCCCAUACUCGUCGAUUUGGAACAGACUUAUAUCCUCCGUUUCACACUUUACUGGCAAACGCUGGCUGGAUUUGUUCUGGGUCUCGAAGCUUUACUCAAGCUUAAUCCUGAAGUCUUCAUUGAUAGCAUGGGAUAUGCGCUGACCCUACCCUUAUUUAGGUGGAUAGCGGGAAGCCGCGUCGCUGCAUAUGUCCAUUAUCCAACAAUUUCUCAUGACAUGAUUGAUCUGGUGUCGAGACGAGAGCGAGCAUACAACAAUGCCGACAUUAUUGUGCAGAACAAUCUCCUCAGUCAUGCAAAGCUGUUGUACUACCGCCUUUUUGCUUUCUUCUAUGGUCUGUGUGGUCAAGCAGCUGAGAUUGUGAUGGUGAACGGAAGCUGGACUGGUGGCCAUAUCAGACGUUUAUGGCGUUGCCAAGAUGCGAAGGUUGUUUUUCCUCCAUGUGAUGUAGCGGCCUUUCUCGCACUCGAGCAAAUAGCCGAAGCAAGGUUCGCCGAGGACAACGUACUUCGAAUCUUGUCCAUAGGCCAAAUUCGUCCUGAGAAGAAUCAUAAAAUGCAGCUGGAAGUAGCGCGAAUGGUGAAGAAAAAACUGGCCGAGCAUAAUGAUAAAAUCCAGGUCAGUAUGAGUUGA